AUGUCCUUCAUCGAUCAGUGUCGCACGCCACCGGCACGUAGGCACAGCAGCAAAAGCAAUGAUAUCCGUGAUACGGACUACGAUUGUACUGUCUGUCUGCGUAGAUUCAAGCGCGCCAAGUCUUUUGCUUCGCACAUGCUGAAGACACAUCCGCCCACUGAAUGUCCACCCUGUAGCGAGGCCUUCAACAAUGCCGAUGAGCUGGUGCGGCAUUUGCUCUUCAUACAUCGCAAGGAUACGGGCUGUCCACUUUGUCAGGAUGGAGAAAAGNAGAUGUUUCGAGAUAUCAUCAAUUAUCGUCGUCACCGCUCCAAGUGCCGCAAUAUAAAUCGAUUCCGUUGUGAGCACUGCAGCUCGAAGUUCACCAGCACUAUGGACUUUCGGCGUCACGCAAAAGCUAGCCACCAAGAUGAGUGGCCAUUCAAGUGUAAUGAUUGCGAAACCACCUUCAAGUAUUUGGCGCCUUUGGCUAAGCAUCGAAGACUACACAAGCGAAUGAAGCGCCGAUAUUCGGCGUAG